ACUAGCCCGUGGCGUCACCCCCUCGAUGAAGAGGAGGCAAAAUCGAAUUGGCGGGAACAUCCGAUUAUUGCGGGCCUCUGACAAGCUAACACCUGCACAGUUUUUGAGUUAUUCCUCAGCCCCCUUCAUCUUCUCCACUGAACUAUGGAGUCGGUUCUGAAGAAAUACUUCGGGUUUUCCGAGUUCCGCCUGUAUCAAAAGGAUGUCAUCGAGAAAAUAUUAGAGAAAAGGGACUGCUUGGUGGUCAUGGCUACUGGCAGCGGGAAGUCCUUGUGCUAUCAGGUGCCUCCGUUGGUUGCGAGAAAGACUGGGAUAGUUGUUAGCCCUCUUAUUUCAUUAAUGCAAGACCAGGUAAUGGCUUUGAAACAACGGGGUAUCAGAGCUGAGUAUCUUGGGAGCGCGCAGACUGACCCCACUAUCCAGACUAAAGCUGAGAGUGGCCAAUUUGACAUUCUGUUCUUGACUCCUGAGAAGGCAUGCUUAAUUCCUACCAGCUUCUGGCUGAACUUGCUGAAGUCAGGAAUCUGUCUUUUUGCUGUUGACGAGGCACAUUGCAUAUCCGAAUGGGGCCAUGAUUUUAGGGUGGAAUACAAGCAACUAGACAAGUUACGUGGUGUUCUACCUGAUGUUCCUUUUGUUGGCCUAACUGCAACUGCUACGGAAAAGGUUCGAGUUGACAUCAUCAGUUCCUUGAAGAUGUGUAAUCCUUAUGUUUCAGUUGGUUCAUUUGAUCGCUCCAAUCUUUUCUAUGGCGUCAAGCCUUUUAACCCCGGACAACAUUUUGUGAAUGAGCUUGUGCAAGAGAUUUCGAAAAAAGUAGCUACUGGUGGUUCCACUAUAAUCUACUGCACUACAGUCAAAGAUGUAGAACAGAUUUCCAAGUCACUUGUGGAAGCAGGUGUUGCAGCAGGGAUGUAUCAUGGGCAAAUGAGUAAAAAAUCUCGUCAGGAAUCUCAUAGAUUAUUUGUUAGAGAUGAACUGCAAGUCAUGGUUGCAACUGUUGCUUUUGGCAUGGGUAUAGAUAAGCCUGACAUAAGACAGGUGAUUCACUAUGGCUGCCCUAAGAGCCUGGAGUCCUACUACCAGGAAAGUGGGCGAUGUGGUCGAGAUGGUAUAGCUUCUGUUUGUUGCCUUUACUACACAAGAAGUGACUUUACAAAGGGCAACUUUUAUUGUGGAGAAUUACAAACAGUAAAGCAAAAAAAAGCUGUCAUGGAGUCAUUAAUGGCUGCUGAACGCUAUUGCUUGCUGACAACCUGCAGAAGAAAGUUCUUGCUCGAAUACUUUGGGGAAAAUGUUUCAGCUGAUAGAUGUGGAAAUUGUGAUAACUGCAUUGUCUCAAAGAAGCAACGGGACAUGUCAACAGAAGUAUUUCUUCUCCUGGCUUGCAUUCAAUCAUGCCGGGGUAAAUGGGGCCUGAACAUGCCAAUUGACAUCCUGCGUGGGUCUCGAGCCAAGAAAAUUCUUGAUGCUCAGUUUGACAAGCUUCCUCUCCAUGGUCUGGGGAAAGCUCACCCAUCAAAUUGGUGGAAAGCACUAGGACAUCAAUUAAUUUCUCAUGGUUAUUUGAAGGAGACCGUUAAUGAUGUGUACAGAACUGUGAGUGUCAGUUCAAAAGGAGAGCAAUUUCUGGCCUCUUCCACACCGGAUUAUCAACCACCCAUAGUUCUGUCAGUGACUGCUGAGAUGCUUGAUGAAGAGGAAAAUAGAUCUGCCCCAGAAGAAUUCAAAAGUUUAGCCACUUCAGAUACUGAAGGGUUUUCAGAGGCUGAGGGGCGACUCUACCAAAUGCUUUUGGAAGAGAGAAUGAAACUCGCAAGAAACGUUGGGACAGCUCCAUAUGCCGUUUGUGGCGAUCAAACAAUCAAGAAAAUUGCACUGACUAGACCAUCUACAAAAGCAAGGCUAGCAAAUGUUGAUGGUGUGAAUCAGCACCUGGUAACAAAAUAUGGAGAUCAUUUUCUUCAAGUUAUUCAACAAUUGUCACAAGGAUUGAACCUUUCACUGGAUGGAGAAGCAAGCUUGCCAGCUCCUGCAGUAAGGAAAGUGUCCACUGUAAGUCUAACCAGUGAAUCAAAGAAGUUGACGCCAGCAAAGUUUGAGGCCUGGAAAAUGUGGCAGGAAGAUGGCCUUUCUAUUCAGAUGAUUGCUAACCUUCCAGGUAGAUCAGCUCCUAUAAAAGAACAGACUGUUGUUGAAUAUCUGCUGGAAGCUGCCCGAGAAGGAUUGCCUUUUGAUUGGACUAGAUUCUGUGAGAUGGUUGGACUGAAACCUGAAAUUAUCUCGGAAAUUCAGGGUGCUAUUCUAAAGGUUGGAUCUACAGAAAAAUUGAAGCCUUUAAAAAAUGAGUUACCAGAAGACGUAAGCUAUUUACACAUCAAGACUUAUUUGGCAAUGCAAAACGCUGGAGUAUCCCUUGAAGGCGCUCAGCAAGGGAGCAGCCAGGCAGAGAAAGAUGGUGAACUCACGAAGGAGGCAUCAGAUUUAUCGCGGAAUCCAUUAGAUACGGGCAACACGGCAAUCAGUGGGGAAAUUGACAUGUCUCCCAAUAGUCCGAUGGAAAAUUGUGACCCAGAUAAGGAUGAGGAAUCCACUAGACCUACCAAUGGUUGCCAGGUACGGAAUCUUCCAUUAGUCUGUGAGGAGGAGUUGACAAACAAACGCCAAAAGGUCAGUGAACCAAGUGAAGAGAAUCCUAUCAAAUUGAAGGCAACGGGGAGUUCCGUAGUAGAGUGGCUGAAGAACCAUGAAGGGGCUACAUUGAAUGAUAUUCUGGAGAACUUCAAUGGAUCCAGUGAUGAUUCUGUGGUGGAACUGCUGAAUUACCUCGAGGGUGAGUUUUUGAUCUAUAAGAAAAAUGGCAUGUACAGGCCUAUGUGAUUAGGUGCAUCAGCUUAUUCCUAGUAAUAUUGCUUCUGUAUUUCAAUGAUGUUGCUGUGCGAUGUUACUAACAAGUUUGCUGACGCGGAUGCUUGAGUACAUUUAGCCAUUUUGCAGAUCUGAUGUGUAAAUUGUUGUUUUAUUUUAUUUCGUUUUUGAAAUUUCAAAGUAAAGCCUUUUAAGAAA